UUCCGCUCCUUGAACCGAGUCUUCCCCCAAAGCAUUUCCUCCCUUUCGCGUGGUUGUGCCGUUGUGGUAGUGAUCGGAUGGACAGCACGAGCUGCCUGGUGGACGACGCGAGCAGCGGCGCGUCCACGGGCAAGAAACCGGCGCCGGCUCCGGCUGCGGCGACCGGCAAGCCGCUACAGCGCGUGGGCAGCGGCACCAGCGCGGUGAUGGACGCGGCGGAGCCGGGCGCCGAGGCAGACUCGGGCGGCGCGGGGCGGGCCCCCGGCGGGGUCAGCGGGAAGCUGCCGUCGUCCAAGUACAAGGGCGUGGUGCCACAGCCCAACGGGCGGUGGGGCGCGCAGAUCUACGAGCGGCACCAGCGCGUGUGGCUCGGCACGUUCACGGGCGAGGCCGAGGCCGCGCGCGCCUACGACGUGGCCGCGCAGCGGUUCCGGGGCCGCGACGCCGUCACCAACUUCCGCCCGCUGGCGGAGUCGGAGCCGGAGGCCGCCGUCGAGCUCCGGUUCCUCGCGUCCCGGUCCAAGGCCGAGGUCGUCGACAUGCUCCGCAAGCACACCUACGGCGAGGAGCUCGCGCACAACAGGCGCGCCUUCGCCGCGGCGUCCCCGGCCGCCUCGCCGCCGCCCGAGAAUAACCGCCGUCCGCCCGCCGCCUCGUCGUCGUCGUCGCCCGCGGCGGCGCGCGAGCACCUCUUCGACAAGACGGUGACGCCGAGCGACGUGGGGAAGCUGAACCGGCUGGUGAUACCGAAGCAGCACGCGGAGAAGCACUUCCCGCUGCAGCUCCCGGCGGCGGCGGCGGCGGGCGUCGGUAGUGGCGGCGAGUGCAAGGGCGUGCUCCUCAACUUCGAGGACGCCGCCGGGAAGGCGUGGAGGUUCCGGUACUCGUACUGGAACAGCAGCCAGAGCUACGUGCUGACCAAGGGGUGGAGCCGCUUCGUCAAGGAGAAGGGGCUCCACGCCGGCGACGCCGUCGGGUUCUACCGUUCCGCCGGCGGCAAGCAGCAGCUCUUCAUCGACUGCAAGCUCCGGCCUAACAAGACGACGACCACGGCAGCAGCCUUCGUCAACGUCAACGCGAUGACCACCACGGCCGCACCACCCCUCGCCGCGGUGAAGGCGGUGAGGCUUUUCGGCGUGGACUUGCUCACGACACCGAGGCCCGCAGCGGUGGCGCCGGAGCAGGAGGAGGUGACCGUGGCAAACAAGAGAGCUAGGGACGCCAUGGCCACCGCGGCUUCUACUCCAGCUCCAGUACACAUGGUUUUCAAGAAGCAAUGCAUAGACUUCGCGCGCUGACCUAGCUAUAGCUAACGUUUUUGCUCUCCAACCCCCCUCUCAUGCUUGCUUCGCUUCGCACGGAUGAUAAGAUGCAUGGUGAUGUGGUAGCUAGCCAGCUAGUAGCUUUGGCGCUAGCUCUUGCACGCUUAGACCUUCAUUCAUCAACCUCAUCCUUGGAUUGUUCAUUCUGUUUCUUCUUAUUAUCUUUCUGUACCUGUCCUAAUCGUUCUAUCGCAUAUCUCUGCCGUAAAUUAGCUAGGCAGCAUGUGUGUGUGUUUUUUUGGAGUGGCAAGUGUAUACUAAUGAAAAAAAAAGAAGCCAUGGAGAUUAUUACAUGCAUGCCAUAAGAAGCAAUGUUUAGAACC